UGCAUCGCGACGCCAAUGCGUCUCUUCUACGUCCACACAUGGCUGGAAUAACCAGUACUUGCUAAUAUUUUUCUUGUCUAAAUUAACUCAAACUGCGUUUUUAAAGCGUGUUUCUAUUUGAACUCUGCAACCAAAUGAAAGUUAAAAUCCUCGCGAGGAACCCGGAUGACUAUGUCCGGGAAACAAAGUUCGAUAUUCAGCGUGUCCCUAGAAACUAUGACCCAACACUUCAUCCAUUUGAGGUGAGCAGAGAGUACACGCGGGCUCUGAAUGCCACCAAGCUGGAGAGGGUGUUUGCCAAGCCUUUCUUGGCCUCCCUGGAUGGACACAGAGAUGGUGUGAACUGCAUGGCCAAGCAUACCAAGAGCCUCUCCACCCUGCUGUCUGGUUCCUGUGAUGGAGAGGUGAAAGUAUGGGAUCUGACCAAACGGGAAUGUGUCCGUACACUCCAAGCACAUGAGGGUUUUGUUCGGGGAAUGGUUGUCCGCUAUUGUGGAACUUCCUUUUUUACAGCUGGUGAUGACAAAACAAUUAAGCAGUGGAAAAUGGAGGCUCCAGGUUACGGAGAGGAAGAAGAGCCACUCAACACUAUUCUAGGCAAGACUGUGUUCACAGGACUGGACCAUCACCAGAAGGAUGGUGUGUUUGCAACCUGUGGCCAGCAGGUGGACAUCUGGGAUGAGCAAAGGAGCAGCCCAAUUCGUUCUUUCACCUGGGGCGUAGACAGCUUCAGCUCCGUCCGCUUCAACCCUGUGGAGACCGAACUUCUUGCAAGUUGUGCUUCUGACAGAAGUAUAGUGCUGUAUGACAUGAGAGAAGCUGCACCACUCAAAAAGGUUAUCAUGACAAUGAGAAGCAACACAUUAUGCUGGAACCCUAUGGAAGCAUAUUACUUCACAUGUUCAAAUGAGGACUACAAUCUUUACACAUAUGACAUGAGGAUCCUGGACCGACCAGUCACUGUACACAUGGACCAUGUCUCUGCAGUGCUGGAUGUUGACUACUCUCCCACUGGGAAAGAGUUUGUAUCUGCCAGUUUUGACAAGACCAUUCGCAUCUUCCCCAAGGCUGGCGGCCACAGCAGGGAAGUCUACCACACCAAACGUAUGCAACAUGUAAUUUGCAUUAAGUGGUCAGCAGACAACAAGUACAUCCUGAGCGGGUCUGACGAAAUGAACAUCCGACUGUGGAAAGCCAACGCAGCUGAGAAACUGGGAGUGCUGGCCCCCAGAGAGAGGCAAGCUGCCAACUACAGUCAGAAGCUGAAGGAGAAGUUCCAGCACCACCCGCAGAUCCGCCGCAUCGCUCAUCACCGACACCUGCCCAAGAGCAUCUACCACCAGACAAAAGAGCUGAGGACUAUGAAAGAAGCUCGCCGCAGGAAGGAGAGGAAUGUCCGUAAGCACAGCAAACCAGGAACUGUUCCAGUGGUGUCGGAGAGGGAGAAGCAUGUUGUUACAGUGGUGAAAUAAAUGGAGCUGGAGAAGAGAAAAGAAGACGCAGGGACUGUCGUCAGCAGAUCACACCCAUCUGACACUUGACUACUCUAAACUUAAGAACAAAAACCACUGCAGCUUGAUAAUUGUGGGAAGGACUUUCAUUUAACAAGCUGUGCGCUAUUCUAAGUACUAGGACAGCAACUGUAAAUACAUACAAGAAGAAACAGCAAAUCUUGUCAAGAGUUCACUUUGUGCCACUAAGGACAGGAGCAGCUAUGCUUUUUCAUUCUUUUCAUUCCUUUUAAUAAGAAUUGGGUCUGUCUUCCAGUUUGAGUGACUAAUCACAUGUUUUGCGUUGAGCAAGUUUGUAUUUUCCAUGACAAGAUCCAAGACUACAACAACAAUUUAAGAAAUUAAGGACUGACUAAACUGAUGUGAUGUUAACAGAAUGUCAGUUUCUUCAUGAAUGAAGUUAAAGAAAUGUGCUACAGCUGAUGAUUAAGACUAAUGCUUCAAUCAGUUGUGUCCAAAGGCAAAAAUGGUUGUUCUGAAUUACCACAUUGGAAUGUGAGCCUGCUGUCAUAACCUCCUCCUGGCUCCGUCCAUGAUAAUGCUCCAAGACAUCUGUGUCUUUUGUAAUUUUAACUUAAUAAAUCGCGCUAAUGGGGCUAACUGCCCACACUUUGGAACAGUGGCCAUGAUCCAGUCUCACAGUGCAGCACCCAGUGGUACAGACAAAGUGACAAAGGAGUGCUUGAGAGUGAAGUUCAAACUCUCCCUUUCUUUCUGCUACAAACUCACUGACAAAAAUGCUCAAUGUUAGAUGAUCCGACAAGUAUUUUUUUCAAGUAUACUGAGACCUUAAAAAUCCUGAGAUCUUAAAAUGUAUAAGUCAGAUUUUUUUUUUCUAAUGCAGAGACAAUAACUUUUAGUUUGAUCUAUUGUGCUGGACAUUAAAUACUGAGGUUUGUAGAAUAACCAGCAUGGAGGAGAGCGAGGGUUUUGGUUUACCAGCACAAACAGGUUGCAAACUUUAUUUGUUAUUUUUUUGCCAGUUUUUCCAUGUUUCCUCUGAGGAGAGACCAUACAGCUCUCAAAAUCUGUUUGUAGGGGACUGAUGUGUAUUUAUAAUAAACCUCUAAAGUAAG